AUUAAAACAGCAAGGGCUGUGAGGGCUGCUGUCUGCAAAAUAGAAGAAGGCAGCGGUCGAUGAUGAUGAGUGGAAUACCCUGGAGGAGAAGGCCCACUCGACCAUCAUGCUAUCGUUGUCUGAUGAUGUCAUCAUUGAAGUCGCUGCUGAGAAGACUGCCGCGGGCUUGUGGUUAAAGUUGGAGAGUCUGUAUAUGACGAAGUCCUUAACCAACAAGCUGCAUCUCAAGCAACGGUUGUUCAGCUUGAGGAUGCAAGAAGGUACGCCUUUGAGGGAACAUCUCGAACAGCUUAACUCUAUUUUGUUGGAUCUGCGUAAUAUAGAUGUUCAAGUUGAUGACGAGGAUGCUGCCCUAAUCCUGCUGGUUUCUUUGCCGAGUUCAUAUGAGAAUUUUGUUGACUCUUUUAUUGCCGGUAAAGAAAGCGUGUCGUUGGAAGAUGUCAGGUAUGCUCUUCAUACGAUAGAGAUCAGACAUAAGGCAUCCAGAUCUGGUACAGGUGAUGAGGCAUCGGGUUUGGCUGUUACAGGUGGAAAGGGAAAGAAGAAAUCUGGUAAAGGGAAUUCGAACAAGAAGUACUAUAAAUACUUCUCAUACUCCUCUGUAAUCUGUAAUCUCCUCGAUAUAGUGAAAUUGGCUCUCUCUCGCCCGUGGACGUAGCUAACACACAUCGUGUUAGUGAACCACGUAAAUCGUGUGUCUGUAUUUUUUUCGAUUCUCGCUUUCGUAUUCUUGCUUUAUCAAUUCUGGCGAUUUCCCGAUCCGUAGCAGCGGGUUUAUAACACAGGGCUUUGUCACGACCGCCGCCGGAUUUGCUGAUGCCGAGAUCGAGGAUGAAGGACGAAGCAGGGGGGAGAUUUCGGCUCGACGACAGAGGAGGUGGUGCAACGCCGGUCGGAGAGUGGUGGAGGUGGGCGAAGACAGACGUGGGCGACAUCCUUCAUCUUCUUCCUCCUCGAGUUCAAGAGUAGGGAUGACAAUGGGUCGGGGAGUUAGUGCAUAUCUAUUAUCCUACCCAAUGUAGUUCGGGUUUUACCCAUACCCAUUCACACGUAUUCUCAUAUCACUUAAGAGAAAAGUAUGAUAAUAAUUCACCAGAAUGAAGAAAAUUAAUUAAA